AUGUCUGUUUUACCCGCCACAGUCAUCUUCAGAGAUUGUCUUUAUUUAGUUUUACCUUCUCUAGCCAAUUCAUCGUUCAAAUUUCUGUUUGACUUUUUGAUAGUGGUUGUGAUCUCGGAGCUGUCAUUCACCCUCUUCAGUGACCAUGCUCUGUUGGUUUUGUCGCUUACAUUUCUCAGCAUUGUCCUCUUGCUAACUACAUUUGCAUCAGAUGCACGGGAGAUGUUCAAAAACCUUCUCCAUUCAUCAAACUUGCUUCACAAACCCGUCUUCCUCAGCCAGAACAGAAACCAGCAUCUUAAAUUCAUCAGUUAUGCUCGUGCAUGCAUUAACGUUGCCACAGCAAUCUGCAUCUUGGCAGUGGAUUUUCGUUUUUAUCCCCGACGCUUUGCCAAGACGGAAACAUUUGGUACUGGUGUCAUGGAUACUGGAGUCGGGCUUUUUGUCAUAUCAAAUGCAUUGGUGGCUCCUGAGGCUCGGCAGAAAACUGUUCGCAACAGAUCAUUUCUAGACAAGAUGUCAAUGUUGUUUCUCUCGAUAAAGUCAUGUGUUCCUUUGCUAACUCUUGGCUUAAGUCGAGUGAUGGUCAUUAAAAGAAUUGAUUAUCAAGAACAUGUUUCUGAAUAUGGAACACAUUGGAACUUCUUCUUCACAUUAGCUGCAGUCAAGAUUUUUUCAACAUUUUUCUUCUGCUUUGUAUCAAGUACGUAUAGCUGGCUGGUGAGCAUUAUUGUUGGUGUUGCUUACCAAUGGUAUUUGCAGUGUGGCCUACAAGAGUACAUCCUCCAUGGCUGGGAUGGGCAAGGAUCUCGAACAGGGCUUUUUGAUGCCAACCGUGAAGGCAUCUUCUCUUCGUUUGGAUAUGUCGUUCUCUAUUUUGCUGGUAUCCAGCUUGGCUGUUACAUUUUUGUCAUCAGAAAAUCUUUCCUUCAUUGGAUAAAAUGUCUGCAAGGACUGACUGCCUUGUCUGUGGGGUGUUGGAUUAGCCUUCCAGUUUGCUGUCAUAUAAUUGGUCCUAUAUCUCGGCGUCUGGCCAACCUUCCUUAUGUCAUUUGGAUUAUUGGUCUUUGCUCAAUGGUGCUGGCAAUUUUCUUGGCUGCUGACUUAUUUACAAUGUUGUUAACAUUUACUCAAAAUGAUGCUAAAAAACCAAAUCGAAAACAAAAGAAAACUUCCAGUGUAAAGAAUUCUAAAAUUUGCCAAAUUCCAUCAAAGUCCGAAAACAGUAUCUGUUUAAUGGAUGCCAUUAACUAUAAUGGUCUGGUGUUCUUCCUUACUUCAAACUUGUUAACAGGGGCACUCAAUCUAUACCUUUUGUGGUUUGCAGGCAAGUACCAUGUCUUUCUGCUAAUUUCUUAG